AGGACACUGCAUCUGUCGACGACAUCUUGCGCCUUUUCAUGUCUGCUUGCAUUCGAGCAUGAUAUCACAGCGGCCCAUCACGCUCGCGGCGGCGACUACUGUUGGCCUGCUCAGUGGCACAGGCUAUGCAUUUAGCAGCUGGGCACCCCAGCUCUCCGACAGAUGUCAUUUAUCUGCGCUGUCCAUCAAUCUAAUUGGCAUUGCAGGCAAUCUCGGCGUGUAUGUCAUGAGUCCUUUUGCAGGGAAGCUUGUCGAUCGCUUUGGACUGCGCCUUCCUUUGAUGGGCGGUGCAUUAUGUCUCUUUCUCGGAUACUUUGGUCUACAAUACGCAUAUCGCGUUGAAUGGAAUCACGGUGGUAUCGUGCUUUAUUUUUUCUGCUUCAUCACUGGUAUCGGAUCGGCGCUGGGCAACCUUGCUGCCCUCAAUGCAGCGGCCAAGAGCUAUCCUUUGAAUCGCGGAAGCGCGACAGCUUUGCCCAUUGCCUCAUAUGGACUGAGUGCCUUUGUUUUCUCGCGCAUUGCCCACUUCUUUUUCGUCGGCCAUACUGAGCGCUAUCUUUUGACCUUGGCAAUCACUUGCGGAGUCGGCUUAUUCCUCUGCUCGCUUUGCAUCAAGCUUCCAAGUUCCAAUUUACAAGAAAACAGACGCACGCGUCGCAAGUCCUUCUCAACACGCGACGAUGAGCCAGAAUCGGGUAUGCUCCUUGCUGAUGGCACUGACGAUGAAGCAGAGGACGAAAUUGAAGCUCCGACGGUCAUCGACAGUGUCAUCCUCCCAGAUACCGAGGCUGAAGUCUUUGCAGAGGUUACCGGCUGGGCGUUGUUUAAGCAUCUUGACUUUUGCUUGAUGAUCACAAUUAUCGGUCUUCUCUCUGGUUGUGGCCUGAUGUGGAUCAACAAUAUCGGAAACAAUCUCGUCGCCUUGUAUCGGGCUGAGGUAAAUUCACUUGCGGAAAUGGACCCAGUAGUCCUUGAGCGCCUGCAAGCCGCGAACGUCUCUGUACUUUCCCUCUUCAAUUGCGCUGGCCGCAUCUUUGGUGGUGUCGUAUCGGAUGUGGCAAAGACCAGAAUUCGGCUGCAACGGUCAGCCUUUCUGCUGGGCUCAGCCGUCAUUUUUGUGCUCGUCUCGGUGUCUGCUUACCAUAAUACGUCCUCCAGCAAUCUCAUUUACUACACCUCGGCCCUCGCGAGCGCAUACGGGACAAUGUUUGGCGUUGGCCCAGUCUUGACACUGGAGAAGUAUGGCGUCAAGGACUUUAGCUUCAAUUGGGGACUGGUCUCUGUUGCACCUGGUUUGUCUGGCAACCUCUUCAACCUGUUGUACGGGCGUAUCUACGACUUGCACUCAGAUCCAGUCACACACAAAUGCGAUGUGGGUGUGCGGUGCUAUCGAGAUGCAUUUGUGUUCACUGCAGUGGGAUGCUCAGUCGCAGUCUUGUGUGCUUUGACUUUAUUCGUGAGGCAUACGCGGGAGGCGAGAUUAUUAGCUAAGCGUUCUGGCACUUAGAUGGCUUGUACGAUCAUUUCUCCAGGGUUAUAUCGUAUCAGUGUGUCCG